GGCCCACAAGGGCGGUCAGGGGGCUCCUGAGCCAGCCCCAGAGGGGUGUCCAGAGCUGGGAAGCCAGGGCCGGAGGAAGGCAAGUGACACCGGGUGCAAGGCACAGCAGGGAGACAGAGAGAAGGGGAGAGAGAAGGACCCCAAGCUCUGCCCUCACAGCUGGAGCCAGGCCGGGGCCAGCCAGCCUGUACUUCCGUCCAUCUGUCCGUCCGUCCCCAUGGGCCGCCCUGGGCCUGGGCUGCAGGUUCCCCUCCUCUGGGCCGCCCUGGCAGGUCUGCUCCUCCCCCCAGCAGUCACCCAGCAGCUGAGGGGGGAAGGGCUGGAACCCAACACCAACGCGGGGCUGGAGAGACCCUCGGAGGAUGCGUCCACAGAGCUUGGCCAUGCCGGCCACAACCGAGAGGGUCACAGAGGCAAGAGUGAGGAGGCGUCUGUGGGGACUCAUCUCUGGAGCCACAGGGGAGAGGACAGAGAUGUCUUCCAGGAUGAUGGCCAUGGAGCCCAAGGCCACGAGAGCAGGGAGGAGGAAGAGGACGAGGACUUCACACGCCACACACAGCCGGCCCACAGGCACAGAGGUCACGGGAAGGAAAGCAUAGGAGACUCAGCCGAGCACAAGAGGCACCGCUCCCCCAGACACAGAAGCCACGGCCAGGAGGACGAGGACCAAGUUGUGUCCAGCGAGGGUCACCAGCCCGCCAUCAGGCACGUACACCGAAGCCAUGGAGGAGACGGUGAUGAUGACGAAGAGGAGGAAGGGGAGACCCAUGCCCACCAGCACCCAGCUCAUGGGAAGCUGGGAGAGGAUGAAGAUGACUCAGAGGAACAUCAGUAUCGUGACCAAGGACACCCAGGCCACAGACAAGGAGAAGAAGAUGAAGAAGAAGAAGAAGAAGAAGAUGAUGAUGAUGAUGAUGACGCCUCCAUGGAGUAUGGCCACCAGAUCCAUAUGCACCCUGGACACGGGAUGGAGGAUGAUGAAGGUGACUCAGAAGAACACCACCAGCACCAUGUCCCAGGCCACGGACUCCGAGCCCACAGAGAAGACGAUGAUGAUGAAGAUGAAGAAGAUGAAGAUGGUGAUGGUGGUGGCGAUGAUGGCGAUGAUGGUGAUGAUGCCGACACCUUCACAGAGUAUGGACACCAGGCCCACAGGCUCUGGAGCCACAGAAUGGAAGAGGAUGAUGAUGACUCAGAGGAACACCACCACCACGUCCCUCUCCAGGGACAUCGAGGCCACGGGGGUGAGGGAGGUGAGGAGGAUGAGGAUCAUGAGAAUGUGUCCACUGAACACUGGCACCCAGCUCCCAGACACACCCACCAGAUGCUUCGACAGGAAGAGGAGGAGGAGGAGGAGGCCAUCACAGUCAAGUUCACCCCCCCUGUAGCCAGCCACCAACCCCAAGGCCACAGGGAAGAAGACGAGGACUCCCCAGAUGAGUAUCACGUGGUCCACGGCCGGCACCACCACGAAGUCCCCCGGGAGGAAGAGGAGGACAUCUUCAGCCAUGAGGCUCCCAGCCUCAGGCAGCAAGGACACAGGGAUGAAGGGACAGCUCGCAGAGAGCCCAUCAGAGAGGAGACUGGUCCACAGCCCCCAGGACAUAAGGAAGACAAGACGGAAAGCCACUCACGGGAGGGAGAGUCUGAAGAGGAGGAAGAGGACCGGGCGUCCCAGGAGGAAAAGGAUGAGGGCCAGGAAGAGGGAGAAGACAUCCCCCUGGGCAGCCUGGAGCAGAAGGACCAGGAGGAUGAAGAGGAAGGUCACGGCCUUGUUCAGAGCCCAGAGGACGAGGAGGAGGAAGAGCAGGAAGACAGGGCUGAGGUUCUGUCCCCUCUGGGCCAAGCUCACCAGGAAGAAGAGGAGGAUGAGGAGGAGGGCCUGGAGGAAGAUGAGCUCCCCUUCAGCAUCAUCCCUGACCCCCUGACCUUGAGGGAGGCUGCUGGCGGGGGCUCCAGUGAGGAGGACAACAGUGAGGACAUGGGUUCUAAGGACGUCCAGGAAUAUGGCAACUACCAGCCAGGGUCUCUGUGUAGCUACUGCUCCUUCUGCAAUCGAUGCACUGAGUGUGAGAACUGUCGCUGUGAUGAGGAGCACAUGGGAGAGCACUGCGACCAGUGCCAGCACUGCCAGUUCUGCUACCUCUGCCCGCUGGUCUGUGAAACCAUCUGCUCCCCAGGAAGCUACAUUGACUAUUUCUCUUCAUCUCUCUACCAAGCGCUGGCGGGCGUGCCGGAAGCUCAGGAACCCUGACCCCACCCUGCGGCGCACCCCGCUGACCCUCCGAACCCCCGUCCACGAGCCCUAUUUAUUUCUCUGAAUAAACGUGCUCCCGGAA